AGUAUGUAUUUGAACUCGGACGGAGCGGGUGCUGUCUAAUGACGGUACUUUAACGUAAUACUAAGAAAUAGUUAAAUAAAUAGAAGCAGAAAUGUGUGUUUAUGUGGUUUUGUGCGUAUUAUUAGUUAGUUUAUGUGAUGGCGGUGAUGUAUUUCAUGAGGGAAGCAAAAUCACUUUUCAUUCCAAUAAUCAAGAAGAUUUCUUCGGAUAUAGUGUCGUUUUUGGUGAAAAUAUUAAUUUACUAGUAGGUGCUCCUAAGGCAAUCAGGCCAGGAUCGAGGCACAUGGCGUCUGGUGCGGUGUUCAACUGUUCGUUUGCUGACCUGCAUACGACGAAUAUCACAUGCUCACCACUGAAUUUCGGAAAUGAAGUUUCAGCCCGUAUCAGCAGCACCAGAGAUUUCUACCGCGAUGACAUCUGGUUUGGUGCAAGCAUCGCAGUGGUGCCGACGGGAAAACUGUUGAUCUGUGCACCACGCUGGGCCAGGCCGUAUGGGGACCGGCAUCUUCUGGCGAACGGGGCGUGCUACCUGCACACCAAGAGACGCAAUAUCCCGCUGUACCCUCUGGGUGACAUUCAAAACCAAGCUUUCAAGACUAGUGGAUCGCGUAAGGAAUACGGACAGUACGGCACACACAUCAACUACUACGCGUACGCGCAAGCCGGCAUGGCGGUCAAGGUCACGGGCAACGGCAGCAUCAUCAUAGGGGCUCCGGGGCUGCUGCAAUGGACAGGAGGGAUUGUUGAGUACAUGUACAGUCCCGACGUUAACAGUGUAUACUUGAGCAAGAAGCCGACAACCAAUCCGUUCUUCACCCCUGAUGUUGGUCCCGACGAUUAUUUAGGGUACAGCGUGGAAUCCGGUAUUUUUGAGGAUGGUGGUAGAAUCCUCUACGUAGCCGGCGCGCCCCGUGCAAAAUUAGGUUUCGGACAGGUUCUCGUGUUCGAACCUGCAAGCCGGGAAGCAGAUCCUCUCAGAAUCCGAGCAAAAAUAGACGGUCCACAACUCGGUGCAUACUUUGGAGCAAGUCUCACCUGUCUCGACAUCAAUGCCGAUGGCAGAACAGACAUCUUGGUGGGAGCCCCUAACUUCGUCGGCAAGGGAGAAGACGUAUACGACCAAGGAGCUGUGUACAUUUAUUUAAAUAAGGAAGAGGCCACUGGUUUUAUUCUCGACUACGCAGGUCAUGUGACCGGCUCUAGCACCAACGGCGCGAGGUUCGGGAACACCAUCGCCGAUCUUGGAGACAUCGACGGCGAUGGGUACAGAGAUAUUGCAAUUAGUGCCCCUUGGGAAAACAAUGGUUCGGGAGCUGUUUAUAUCUACCGAGGUGACAAACGCGGGGUGAAAAGUCAGUAUGUACAAAGGAUUGUGGCAAGUGCAGCCAAGAACUUUGGCAUAGCUAUUGCAAAAGGACAGGACGUUGAUGGGAACCAAUGUAAUGAUUUAGCCAUAGGAGCACACGCGACCGGCACAGCUUAUGUGUACAGAUGUAUCCCGACCCUGAUGGUGCACGCUACCAUCAAGAUUGAUCAGGCACUGGACCUGCCGCAGAAUGCGACUAAUUUCACUGCUGAGUUCUGUAUCUACGUAGCACCACAACACAAUUGGUCUCAUUCUUAUAUAGAUCUUAAGGCUAUAAUAAUAGUAGAUCCUGAGGCCAACCGAGCAAUGAUUAAUGGAGACUCUGAAUACACAUAUAAAGCCAGACCUGGUAUUAGCAAAUGCGAGGAACAGGUUGUUAAGGUUAAGCCCACGGCAGAUUUAUCAAGACCAAUAUCAAUUAAAUUCGACGUGGAACCCAUUGAAGUUAUGCAAAAAAACUCUACAACGUUUUCCACUGAGGCCGUAAGAUUAUCGGAUGACUCCACACUGCACUCUGAGUUUGACAUUCAACUUACACGGGACUGCGGCGAAGAUCUGAUCUGCAAGCCCUGGCUGGAUGUGACCUUCGAGACGAUGUCUGAUCCUUACGUUCCAGGAGCAGAUAAUAAACUGGGCGCCAUCAUCACAGUGCUGAACACGGAGGAACCAGCUUAUGGUGUUCGGGUUCAUUUGAUUUUACCAACUCAACCCAAAAGGGUGCCAAAAAAUUGUAACUUGCAAGGAUUGAACAUGAGCUGUGAUGUAGUCUCACCGCUAUACCGCAAUCAGUCAGAAUCGUUUGAAGUGGAGCUGGAGUACACGCUAGCCACCUUCGAGGAGGAUAUGCUGGUCAUAUACGCCAGUAUCGAAGACCCGCUCAACAGAACCGUCAGUGAUGAUCCUACGCAGGAAUUGGAGUUGAAUAUCUUUCCUGAAGCUAAUAUUAGUCUUAGUGGAAAAGCGCUUCCCAAUGCGACGGUGCUCGUGUCCAGAGAGAAGCUCAGUAAAGGCAGCCUAAUUCCCUUUGUGCACUACUUUGAGGUGACAAACACUGGCCCAUCUGACUGGCCUCUUUUAGACGCGAGUAUAAUUCUACCAGAAAAAGUAUCCUUAUCGAAACCGAAGGAAGGUUGCGUGGAGGAUGUGACCGGCAUCGGCAAUGCGACGGUACUUGAGUGCACUUGGUCGGUCAGCGCCAAAGUUUCCCUACCGGUGGUGCUGCCGUUGCAAUACGACUUGAAAACAAAUGGCAAAUUGCUAGAAGAGGCCUCCGAGCGCAACAUUACCACAAUCUUACACCUCUACGAGCAGAAUAAGAGUAUCUCGAUUACUACCAGACUAGUGUUGAGUCCUGUUCCACCCAUUUGGCCCCUGAUAGUUGGCAUUGUCACUGGAUUGCUACUGCUCGCUGCUAUUGCCUAUGGAUUAUAUAAAUACGGCUUCUUCUCAAGAAAUCGUAUCCCGGAUUUCAAUAAGCUACAAGAGCAAGUGGCUCAAGAGGACCCUGGCAGUUCCAACAGUCCGCCCUCAACGCCCCCGGAUUCCAUGCUUCCCAAUGACUCCACUCAAGAGUUGUUGUUCGAGUCCGACUCGGAUUGAUCUCGUAGUGCUCGUGUUUCGUGGGAGUAGAAAACAAAUUAAUAUACUCGUUAUAAUUCAACUAUCAAGCUCCCGGUCAAGU